CACGAACAGAUGAAAUCGUCCGACAUCGACCAGGAAUUAUUCACUGAAAGUUACUGCAAAGUGUGCAGCGCUCAGCUAAUAUCCGAGUCCCAGCGCGUGGCCCAUUACGAGAGUCGGAAACAUGCCAGCAAAGUUCGUCUCUAUUAUAUGCUUCAUCCCGUAGACGGAGGCUGCCCAGCUAAAAAGCUCCGGUCAGAAAAUGGCGGUGACGGUGACUCGGUGGAUAAGAACAAAUGCUGCACGCUCUGUAACAUGUCCUUUACCUCGGCAGUGGUGGCCGAAUCGCAUUACCAAGGGAAAAUCCAUGCCAAAAGGUUAAAACUGUUGCUAGGCGAACAACCGGCGUUAAAGGCCACAGAGACCGCGCUGAGCUCCCUAAAGCAGCCGCACACGGAGGGUCCCCCGGCGGUGCCGGCACCGCAUCAGCGGCGAGACUCGGACAGGUACUGCCAGCUCUGCGCUGCCUGGUUCAACAACCCCGUGAUGGCACAGCAGCACUACGACGGCAAAAAGCACAAGAAGAACGCGGCCAGGGCCGACCUCCUGGAGCAGCUGGGGAAGACCCUGGACCUGGGGGAGCUGAGAGGCCUGAAGCGCAGCUACACGUGCAGCGUCUGCAGCGUCACCCUGAACUCCAUAGAGCAGUACCACGCGCACCUGAAGGGCUCCAAGCACCAGACCAAGUGGAGGGACGGGGUCCUGGAGCAGGCAGCGCUCAGCGCUGAACCCGCCGCCGGGCGGCCCGGCAGCGCCGAGGAGCUGCUCCGCGUCCUUCCCACCCGGGCGCUGUGGGAACCGGUGGCGUUAGCGUGCCUCUUCAUUGCACUUAACGUGCCCCGUAGCGGAGGUUUCCUUUUUGCAAACGCCGAUGAAAUACGCUGCAUCUGCGCCUUUUCCUGGGAGCCGGUGGCCCUGCCCUGCGCCGCCCCUGAGGCCGAGCCGGGUUUGCCCCCGCAGCCCCCUGCUCUGGGGGGGCCGGACGGGCAAUGCGAGGCUGGGACGCCUCCAUCCCUGUGCCCUGCCAGGCUCCCGCGGGAGGGGGGAUUCCCCAAGCCCUGGAGGGGGGUGCCAUGGUACCGCACCGAAGCCGGUUGGGUCUAG